UCAAAAUGUUUCACACACUAUUAAUGAAGAUGAAAGAACUGAAUUCACUAGGCAUAUCAACCAAGAAUUGAUUAAUGACCCUGAUGUUAAGGAUAAAAUUCCGAUCGAUACAGAUAUUAUGCAAAUAUUUGAUGAAGAUGGGUUAAUUCUCGCAAAACUUUUUAAUGAUUCCGUACCUGAUACAAUUGAUGAACGAGUUCUAAAUGUGCCUGUAAAGGGAAAGAAAGUCAAUAAGUGCAAGAUGACGGAAAAUAAUAAUUCAGUAAUUUUUUCUGCAAAAGGUAUUGGUUGUAAUGUAAAUAUCGGAUCAGCUGAUUUAAUCGUAGAUAUAAAGCUUCACCCAGAGUUGUAUCGACUUUUGGAAGAUGAUGAAACACUUGAACAAUUUUUAAAAUUACCUCCAGAUCAAAUUUUGUUACGAUGGUUUAAUUAUCAUUUGAAAGCUGCUAAAUGGGAUCGAAGGGUUAAGAACUUUAGCAAAGAUGUCAGCGAUGGUGCAAAUUACACAAUACUUUUAAAUCAACUUAAACCUGAGCUUUGUUCACGCGAUCCGUUAAAUGAGCCUGAUCUUCUAGAACGUGCCGAAAAGAAAUUAGGAUGCAGAAAAUAUUUAACUCCAAAGGCUCUUGUUGCUGAAAACCCAAAGUUAAAUUUGGCUUUUGUGGCUCAUAUAUUUAACACUACUUGGAUUGCAGACGCGAAAAUAUCAAUCUCACUUUUACUUUUUUCUACUAUAUUUUCAUGA